AUGCCCGGCCCGGCCGCGGGCAGCAGGGCCCGGGUCUACGCCGAGGUGAACAGCCUGAGGAGCCGCGAGUACUGGGACUAUGAGGCUCACGUCCCGAGCUGGGGUAAUCAAGAUGAUUACCAGCUGGUUCGAAAACUUGGUCGGGGAAAGUAUAGUGAAGUAUUUGAGGCCAUUAACAUCACCAACAAUGAGAGAGUGGUUGUAAAAAUUCUCAAGCCAGUGAAGAAAAAGAAGAUAAAACGAGAGGUUAAGAUUCUGGAGAACCUUCGUGGUGGAACAAAUAUCAUUAAGCUGAUUGACACUGUGAAGGACCCUGUGUCAAAGACCCCAGCUUUGGUAUUUGAAUAUAUCAAUAAUACAGAUUUUAAGCAACUUUACCAGAUCCUGACAGACUUCGAUAUCCGGUUUUAUAUGUAUGAGCUACUUAAGGCUCUGGAUUACUGCCACAGCAAGGGAAUCAUGCACAGGGAUGUGAAACCUCACAAUGUCAUGAUAGAUCACCAGCAGAAGAAGCUGCGACUGAUAGACUGGGGUCUGGCAGAGUUCUACCAUCCUGCUCAGGAGUACAAUGUCCGUGUAGCCUCGAGGUACUUCAAGGGCCCAGAGCUCCUUGUGGACUAUCAGAUGUAUGAUUACAGCUUGGACAUGUGGAGUUUGGGCUGUAUGUUAGCAAGCAUGAUCUUUCGAAAGGAGCCCUUCUUUCAUGGACAGGACAACUAUGACCAGCUUGUUCGCAUUGCCAAGGUUCUGGGUACAGAUGAGCUGUAUGGGUAUCUGAAGAAGUAUCACAUAGACCUAGAUCCACACUUCAACGAUAUCCUGGGACAACAUUCACGGAAACGCUGGGAAAACUUUAUCCACAGUGAGAACAGACACCUCGUCAGCCCCGAGGCUCUAGAUCUUCUGGACAAACUUCUGCGAUACGACCAUCAACAGAGACUGACUGCCAAAGAGGCCAUGGAGCACCCGUACUUCUACCCCGUGGUGAAGGAGCAGUCCCAGCCCUCUGCAGACAAUGCUGUGCUUUCCAGUGGCCUCACGGCAGCCCGGUGAACACUUGGAAGACGACGGGUAAUGCGGCAUUGAUGCUUGCCAAUAAAUCCAACCAACCAAACACAAAUCUGGAAGGAAAACUACAAUGUGAUAAAAAGAAAUUCUAGUCAUUCCUUCUAAAUGCAAAGAAGAGUAAAGACCUAACUGUCUGUCAAAAAGCAAGAAAUCCCCCAGUACUAGUCUGCAGGGAGCUGCCGCUGCGGCAGCGUGACGAUGCACAUAGUUCAGGACCUGAGGGAACGCUCCCUUUGGAAUGCAUGGGAGAUGAGAGACUCGGAGUUGUUGUACAUUUACCUUUAUUUAACAGGAGACCACUGUUGAAUUAACCCGUUCAGUCAACAAGCUCUGAAUAUCUGACUUCCUAUCUAUUCCACUGUGGUCUGAGUUUCCUUUGGUGAGAUUCAGGCUCAAGUUUUAGCAAAACGUCAGCAGUCUAUACUGACACACCAGCCUCAUUUACGAAAAGGAGAUAUUAAAACAGUGACAGUAUUUUUUUUUUAAGCUCUUUUACAAAUUCAUGUUUUAUGUAUUUUUUUAUGACAUGAGCUCUCUAGGAAAUGUACCUCAUCCCUGCAGUUUUCUUCUGAGUGUAUUCAUUUGGGAGCAAACUGCAGUCACUCACAAGAGGCCCCUUUUGCCGUCAGCAGGCAUCACUUGAAACCUUGUGACGCCGUGAACAGGUCCAUCUGUCUCCUCAGAAGUUUGAUGCGAAGUGCAUAACUUGGAGCUCACUGUAACCUUUGUUGAUUUGCCUAACCAUAAAAUCUUGUUGCUAUUUUUUCCGUGUAGCCUUUUUUUUCCUUUUGCAGCCUUGUAAGGAAAACCUCACCAUAUCCCAGCACAUACAUCCCAGUGUGUGUGCCUGUUUUCGUGCACCUCUCUGAAACAGAGGCUUUUUGGUCACAACCAUAAUGAAAGCUGGAAAGUCGGUCUUCAGGCAGGUUGGGGAAUGAGAGAAACAUCUUAUUAGAAUGUAUUUAGGAAUGACCUAUUGGGUGAGAAAAAUGUACUCCCACCCCCCCACCACCACCCUUUUUUGCCUUUUUUUAUCCCCACGGGAAGCAAUUUCCCUCUGUAAUCAGGGUAAGCUGCAUUUUGACACUCCCGAGAGGUCAUGUGUGAACGUGAUGGCAGAGCUGUCCUUCUCAUGUGCAGGGACUGGAGUCAUGUGUGCAGGGCCAGCCUGUUCCCCAACGACUGAGCAGAUCAUUAUAUGAGGGGCCUGGGGGGUUAGUUGGAGUUCCUGGAGCCAGUGUCAAAGCUCGGGAUCCGUUGUGCCAGCCUUCAUGUCAGCAAAGGAAGCUAGAUUCUGCUUUAAAAAGAAAACAGUCAAGCUGAUUUCAUUUUGGGGACUUGUCACCAGUCUGGUUUGCAAGCAGUCCCCUCCCCCAGCGGCAGAGCCAUGCCACAGCUGUGGGGACUUUACAGCUAGGCUAGAGCUUGAGGUGUCUACCCACAUCAGACCAUAGGAUUUCUUUAUUAGCUAUUUAAUAAUGCCAUACAUUUUUAUAAGGUUAGAUUGUUUGUUUAAAAACAUCUGUUUACAUUCCAUAUUCCAAUAAAAUCGUACUGGCAUUGGUAGCA